CCUACCUCGACCCAAACGCGAACGCCACCCAUGUACUCUCGUCUCUGGUUCGGCGAUUUUCUCCCCUAACGGGAGAUGCGGCCGAAAGGAUCUCCUUCAGUGCCCGACGGCAAGUGGCGCCGAGGAUCUCCUUGACUUCUGAAGACCUUACUAGUACAUCGAGGUUUAGGCUCGCUGCCGGAUUUCACCGAUCACGCGUCGAUAGAAAGGGUGGCGGUGGCGAAUCGUGGAGAUGGGGAUCUCCUUCAAGCUUUCAAAGAUCGGGAAGCGGUAUCAUCCGAAACCGAGCUUUGCGCCGGAGGAGGCCGACCAAACGAGUGAGGGCUCUGAGGAGAGCUCGCAUGUCCUUGACGGAGCUGGAUCGAGCCGUGAGAUUGGAAUAGUUGAGGCUGCAAAUGGCAUCAAUAAUUUAUUGCCUGAACAUGAGGUGUCCUUUAUCUUGAACCUUUAUCAGGAUGGAUACUCCAUUGGAAAGCCUACUGAGAUUGAGAAUUGUCAGACUCUGCUUCAGGAUGCAAAGUCAUUACAUCCAUAUGAUAGAGCAUCCGAGACCUUAUUUUCUGCAAUUGAGUCAGGGUGGUUGCCAGGUGACAUACUUGAUGAGAUACCUUGCAAGUACUAUCGUGGGACUAUUGUCUGUGAGGUACGAGACUAUAGAAAAUGCUUUUCUGAACAAGGAAGUAAUGUUUCUGCUGCAAAUGUGACUCCGACUGUACAGAAAGUGCGUUUGAGGAUGUCACUGGAAAAUGUUAUUAAGGACAUUUCUUUAAUAGCUGAUGAUUCUUGGACAUACAGUGACCUAAUGGAAGUAGAGGCACGAAUAGUGAAAGCAUUGAACUCACAUCUUUAUUUAGAUCCUACUCCAAAGUUGGAGAGAGACUGGAAAGAUCCUAUUGUUACUAAGCUCAAUCUUGGUAUUGGAAGAAAGAAGAGAAUGCUGCAAAAUGCUGAAGUGACUGCUUCAUCCAAUAACCAACAUCCUGAAAAGAAAAUCUUCAUUGAUAGGAUAUCUGACAAUUCUAAUUGUGGGGCUGGGGAAACGGGAUCUCAAAUAGGAAAUGCAUCACUUCAACAAGCUUAUGAAACUAUUCAAAUGCAACAUCUAUCAGGUGGGGUUCCAUCAAUGAGAUCUAACAAUUUUGGACAGGAGAGCACGAAACUUACUUUGCCCACUCAGGCCAAGCUUCAAACAGUUAUCAACUCGCCUACUAGUUCACAGGAUCGUGGACCUGGACUUGCAGCCAAUAUUUCUGUGAUGAAUGCAAAUAUGUCUUCGUCACAGAACUUGAUAGGUUCAUAUCCUGACACAGUCAAUAAUUCCCCUCGUUCCAAGAAAAGAGAGAAUCCAGAUGCUCAGUUGACAUCAUUUAUUGGCAUGAAGAGACCAAAACAAACUUCAGUAGGGGUGGAUAGCAUUCAGCAACAGCAGCAACAAACGGGGUCUCAAUUGGUAGGAUUAACUGGAACAGAUUUGCAAUGGAAGAACCAAAUGCUACAUUGCCAUUUAGAUGCAAAGGGGGGUCAGUAUGCUUCUACGUUAGGCAAUCAGAGGUAUUCUUCAGCUGUUGUAAAUAAUAUACCUAGCCAAGAUCCAGGAGCUUCUUUCUACUUUAAUCACCAAGGUAUUAGAUAUGUUCCCAAGGAAGAACAGUUAGACGGACAAGAGCAAGAGAGAUCUAAAGAAGCUCUUCAGGCACUCUCUGUUAACAGUGCUGUUGAUCAACAGCAAUCGCGAGCACAGUUGCCACAGCAAUCAUAUAUGAGAAACCAUCCUCCAACUCCUAUGCAGUGGCAAAAUGUCAGAUCAGUACCUGAAAAGGAUAUGGGAAAGGAUGAUACAUCUCAGAGAAGAAAAUCGGUGCCCAGUCCAAGAGUCUCGUCUGGGCCCAUGGUCCAGUCACCAGUAUCAUCAAGAUCAGGAGAAAUUUCCAGCGGUUCUGCAGGUGGACAGUUCAGUGGCAUUGCAACAGCUUCUGCUCUGGGUGUUCAAAAAGAUAAGCUAAUAGCAAAUUCUAAUGCUACAAUUGGUGCUCCUUCUGUGACUUCUAGUCCUAGUGACUCUCUUCACCGACAACAUCAAACCUCAGGGACUGCUAAACGCAAACCAAAUUCUAUGACCAAGACACAAACUGUGAGUGCAGUUGGAUCUCCUGUUAGUGUCAACAAUAUGAAUCCUCCCCUAACUGUUAACAGUCCUUCAAUUGGGACUGCUCCUCUUGGCGAUCAAGUCGUUGUUGAUAGAUUUAUGAAAAUUGAUGCAAUAACCCAAAGACACCAACUUAAUCUCAAGAAGAAUAAAGUUGAUGACUAUCCUGGAAAAGAACCAACACGACAUUCCACUCAGGAACUUGCAAUUUGUCUAUCUGAUUCAUCCAAUGCCGAGGAUUUCACAGAUCAAAAGAAACCGUUGGCAAAAUCUGUAAUUGGUGGGACAAUUAAUACCCCCAAGGACAGAACAAUCAGCUUUGUGCGCAAUGAGCGGGCGUUUCAAGUUUCCAUGAGAUUGAUCAUGACUGAGAAGCCCUUUGAUGGCACUGUAUCAAUGCAGUACGAGUACAUGGAUGAUUCUAAGGUUCAAGAUUAUCAGCUAACAUUACCUACAACUAACCUUGCAGAUCUGCUUGCAGCACAGUUUGUUCAACUGAUGGAACAUGAUGGAUAUCAGAAGGCUGAAGAUCAAAUACGAUCUAUACCCGUCCGCAUGGUUGCUUCUCCAGGUAGCCUACCUUCAGGUACACCAAUGAUGACGGUUACCUCUACGUCUGGUAUUACAUCUGAAAUGAAACCGUCAGAAAUAGCUAGUGGUCAACCAUCACAAGUAGCUUUCUCUGUUGCCAAUGCAAUUGGGCCCAUGAAUUCUUCCCAACUUCCUUCCAACAAUGCAAGGAUGAUGACAGCUGCUAACAACAGUCAGACUCUAGCAGUAUCGCAGGGUUAUCUUGCAGGGACUCUCAUGUCUGCUAGGAUGCAGCAGGUAGAUCAAUCUAUACUGAAAUCGCAUCAGCUGCAGCAACAACAGCAACCACAGCAGAUGCAGCAAAAUACACCCCCAUUGCUACAGCAACAGCAGCUUCAACCUGCACAACUUCAGAGGUCAUCAACACUGCUCUCAACCAAUCCUCUACAGCAGAUGAUUAGUCAGAAUUCAAAUCUGCAGAUGGGAACCAACCAGAUGGUAAAUAACAAGCAAUUGCAGCUUCAGAUAUUGCAACAGCAACAGCAGCAGCAACUUCCUAGGAAAAUGAUGAUGGGGCUUAACCCAGCCAUGAGCAUGGGAAACAUGGGCAACAAUGUGAUGGGCCUUGGUAACUUGAACAAUGUGGUAGGGAUGGGUGGCAUGCGUGCUAUCUCUUCUCCCAUUGGCACUAUGUCGGGCUUGGGCAACCUAAGUUCUCACCAAAUGAAUCUGGUGUCAGCUUCCAAUUUCAGUGCAGGACUUCCUCAAAAUUCUUUUACCCAUGCACAGGCUGUGAUGGCAUCCAAGUUAAGGAUGGCACAGCAAAAUCGAGCAGGUCUAUAUGGUCAAUCUGGUAUUACUGGCAUGCCAGGGAGUUCGAACCAGAUGCUUCCAUCCUCACCAGGUCUGUCUAUGUUGGGUGCAUUGAAUCGAGCAAACAUGAACCCCUUGCAAAGGAAUCCAAUGUCAACUAUGGGCCCUCCUAAAGUACCAGGAGCAAACUUGUACCUAAAUCCUCAGCAGCAGCAACAGUUGCAGCCACAACAACAGCAGCAGUUACAGCCACCGCAGCAGCAGCAGGAACAAAUAAGUUCACCGCUGCAGCAGACCCAGGUUGGCUCCCCACCAAUGGUGGGCUCUCCGUCAGCAAUGUUGAUGCAGCAUCAGCAGAUCAGUCCUCAACAAAUGAGCCAACAAAAUGCAAUGAGUCCCCAGCAGCUGAGCUCGGGUGCAUUGCAGCAAAUGAACAAUAGUGUUAAUCCUGGGCCUGGCCCAUCAAGUCCACAACUGAGCUCACAGACACAUGGAUCCGUUGGAAGCAUCACAAGUUCUCCUAUGGAGCAACUGCAAGGUGCUACCAAGGCUGGGUCAGCCAGCAAUGUCUAAGUUGGUGUAAAUGAAAGAAUCCCUUCGACAUAGUAAAUGCCAAACUGAUCAAUAAACUUAGAUUGAUUCGAAACAUGAUGUUUAUCAGGGAGCAUUUGUUGAAUUGCAUUCCAACCAUGACGAUCAGAGCGCUUCAAUAUAUUUGGAUGUGUGUGGGUAGCACUAAUGUGUAUCAUUCGAAACUCGAGUGUUUAUUUGAUGUGUGGUAGGUGUUGUUUUUGCCCACUAGAAAAAAAAAAUAGUUUUGCAAUAUCUGUAUAUACAUGGAAUGAUUUUGUGUUCUUGCACUCUUAAAUGAUUGAAGGGGAGUCUUGGUACAACAAUAAAGUUGGUGCCGUGUAACCUAGAGGUUACGGGUUCUUGAGUCUCGAAAAUAGUCUUUUGCAAAGCAAGGUAAGACCGCGUAUAAUAGACUUUGAAUUUCGUAUUGAUGGAGUUUCGUGUAUUAGGAUGUGUUUUGCAUACUCUUAAAUGAUUUUGACAUUUAUAA